AUGCACAACUUUCAUUUUGAUAUUUAUAUUUCAGAUGCCAACGUACCAGUCUCUGAUUCUAAUCUGUCUGCUGCAGAUAACCCCCUUACUUCACAGAAUGUACAAAAUACAAUUGGUUCAACAGACUUGGAAAUGGAACAACACAACAAUGGUAUAAUACAUUCAGCAGUGCAAGGUCAAACUUUUCCAAAUCAAAAUCUGUCUGUAGACAGCAUAAAGAAUAGUGAUGUUGCUAAUGGUAACAGUAUGGAAAUUAUUUCUUCAACAGACAGCACUCCAUCUGAUUCUGAAGCAGCAGUAAACCUGGCAAUAGGUCAAAAGACUCCAGAAUCUAAUGCUGAAGGUCAAAAAGAGAAUCUAGAUUCUACACCAGAAAGUCACGAGUUGAUUUUUGAAUCAAAUUCAGCCAGUAAAGACCAGACUCGAGAAACUCCUACAAGUCAGGAGCAGAUACCAGAUUCAGAUCCUAAACCUUUCAGCCAUGAGCAAACAAGAUCUAAGAGGGAUGAAGACAAAAUGGAAGUUUCAUCAUCACAAAUACCAGGAUCAAAGAAUAAAACCAGUCAUACACAAAACACUAAUGAUGAGCCUGAAACUCCACUGAAAAAACUAAAAUUAACAAAUGAAAGUGAUUCACCUAGAUUCCAGGAAAGUUCCAGUAAUAACAGAACAGUACCAAUUCAACCUCACUCAGUAUUUGGGCCUGACAAGAAUCAAGACAAGACAAUUGACUUUGAAACUACAACAGACUCUCAAGUAGGACCUGACAGGAAUCAAGACAAGACAACUGACUCUGAAACUACAACAGACUCUCAAGUAGGACCUGACAGGAAUCAGGACAAGACAACUGACUCUGAAACUACAACAGACUCUCAAGCAGGACCUGACAGGAAUCAGGACAAGACAACUGACUCUGAAACUACAACAAACUCUCAAGCAGGACCUGACAGGAAUCAGGACAAGACAACUGACUCUGAAACUACAACAGACUAUCAAGCAGGACCUGACAAGAAUCAAGACAAGACAAGUACCUCUGAAACUACAACAGACUCUCAAACAGGACCUGGUUCUGAAAGAUUCAAAGAUUCAUUCAUUUUUGGUGCAUUAUCUAACCCCACAAAUCCAAGUUACUUCAAAGGAGAAUCAAGUUCACAAAAAGACGAUACUGAAGUGUCUCAAGAAAGAGAAGGUGGACACAAGGACAAAGACAAAACUGAUAAAGAAAUUAGUGCUAAAUCAGAGAAAGAAGGGAAACAAGACGAAGAAAGCAGUGAGGAUGACAGUAGUGAAAGUAAAGAUUCUGAUAGUGAAAAGUCUGACGGAGAUGGAAAAAACUUGCCUGCUAGUAAAAAGAAGAAUAAAGAUAGAAAGAGUAACAAAAAGAAGAAGGAAGAAAAAAAGAAGGAAAGAAAGAAAAGAAAGGAGAAUAAAGAUGGAAAUUCAAAUACAAACAGCUCUUCUACUAAAGAUACCAGAUCUUCAACCGGAAGUAAUUCUGCUGAUACUAAGAGUUAUGGAACUAAAGAAAAAGCAUCUGUGGCAGAAACUGCAAGCAGUAGUAGUAAAAAGCCAGAAGGGAAGAAACAAAGCACAGGUUCCUUUGUAGAUGUAUGUUUCCAUGCAGUUAUUUCACCCACCAUUCUGAUCAAUCCAGAUAAAGACUUUGUUGUUAUUGCCUUUGAGAAAUAUGGUGGUGGUUGGGAGAGCAAACAACACAAAUUAAAAUUGGAAAGAGAAUUAGGUAGUAUGUAUGUUUGA